AUGUCGCAAGAAAUUUCGGGUCAGGGAAUAUUGGACAAAGAAAUAUUAAAAAGCGCUGUUCUUUCGGUGUUAAAAAAAGAAAAAAACUAUGAAAAAUUUACACUAAAACAAAUAAGACGUCUACUGGAAACUAGUUUAGCGCUUCCCACUUUCACUCUUGAUGAUCAAACAUGUAAAGAGUUUAUUAGCCAACUCGUCCGCGUAUACUUGGAUGAAGUUGAAAACAGUAAUAUAAGUUCUGGAAAUAAUAUUACUACUUCAGAAGCUCUUCUUAGUGCUACAGAAAAGAAGAAAACUAUUGUUACUGACAACUCUUACAGCAAUAGCGCUUCAGCGGGAAGAAGUCGAAAACGCUCUAAUAAAAAGAAUGCGAGCGAAAAACGGAAGUCUUCUACGCCUGCAGAGCAACGAAUUCAAAAAUUAAAAAAGUAUGUACGACUUUGCGGGAUCGUGCCGCCUUACAAGAUGCUGAGGGAAGAGCCCCAAGUAAAACAAAUUGCCAUUUUAAAAGAAACGCUCCGAAAUGCAGGCAUUCAAGGAAAGCCGUCUGUUGCUGCUUGCCAGAAGCUCGGUCUUAAGAGGGAAAAGCAAAGGGAAGCGGCGGAGCUGGACACAAGAAACAUCAUAACCAAUCAGAAAAGAACACGAGGACAGAAAAUCGAAGACGUCCCUCGCGCGGCACCUGUGUUUAAACUAGACCACUUUGAAUCGGAUUAGUUGUAGACAAAGUUUAGAUAUAAGGACUAAAGAACUAAAGGGUUUAGGAUCUCCACUUUUUACUUGUUCCUCUUAGUAGGCUUAUUAUAAACAGGAUAAGUGCGAAAUCUUUUCU